AUGGUUCGACGACACACACGAAAAGUGCCCCAACCUCGACUUCCGAAGAAGGACCAUGGCGGAACAAAGGAUCAAAACCUGUCCAUAUACAAACUCCGUCUCGACUUAUCCAGGCCUGUCUCACGACCGGUCAUCUCCCUUCUCGACAAAUGGAUCCCGAUAAUAGCCGCCCUCAACAUAAAAGCUUUCAAACUCAACUUUCUUUCAUAUACUCAGUCGUAUUACAACCUGCCCUCGGCAGUCUUCUUAGCCGAGUUCCUCGAAGAACUACACUUGAGCAAAUGCAGGCUGAGCCCGGUCGAGAGCGUGCGGUUUGAAAGUUUGCGCACGCUCACCCUCGAACAGGUCCAAUUUGAUGGCGGCACUUUCGAGACGAAAAUGUUGGGCUGCCCUUUGCUCAGGCGCCUUAACCUUUAUAGUUGGGAUUUAAGAAACGUUAGAGUGAGCGAGGAGGCAUCGCCCGGGCUCAAGCACUUUGAUUUGUGUGAUUUCAAGAGGAUCGAAGGGCGUAGCAUCGAAAUCGAUGUUCCAUAUCUCGAGACAGUCUUUAUCACUGGCCCAUGGAUUUGGUCUCACCGCCAAAGCACAUUCUUGUUCUCUCGUCUAACUAGAUUGGAUCUCUAUAGUGUGAUCCUGUCGAGUGGGUCGUUCGACCUGUUACCGUUCGGCUGCCCGACUCUUGCGAGCUUGACCCUGUAA